AUGGGAAACAGCCCGUCUAAAUCCAGCUAUGCCCUGCCGAGUACGAAGACAGCCAACAGCACGACCAACGGAGUCCUCACCUCGAGUGAUGACUUGAACAGCAAUGAACCUAAUGACCCCGAUGAUAGUAGGUCUCUACCUACUAUCAACACCCCAACACAACAUAUAAAUCUCGUCCCGAGAUCGGCUCCUGGAGAGCUUAAACCCAAAUCCAAAUCCAAACCGCAUUCACCCCCACCAAGCCUGGCAUCGCUCGGCUCAACCCACUACACGCACUCACCAGCCCCCGAUGGUUAUCCCACUGCGCACGUGACGAAACAUCGUCGCAGACGGUCAACCACCGCGCCCUACGAUCUUGACAUUGACAUGUCGUUUGCCAAAGCUCUGGGCACACAAUCUUUGGCCGGGUCGGGGUCCAGCACCAGCUCUGGUUCCAGCAAUAAUGGUACGAUGACCCCUCCAUCGUUCUCGACGGAUUCGUCGUUUAUGAAUUUCAGCUUCACAGACAACGAACCACAGACACCUGUGGGCAGUUCAGCGCUCGGCACCUCUACUACGCACCCGUUGCCUCCAAUCAAAGAAGAGAUUCAGGCAUCGGCUUCUCUGGCGCGUAAGAACCGAGCUCCUAAAGCCACAGCCUCCCAAAUACCACACGAUCGAACUGCAGCUCCACCUGUCAUUUUGAAUCGGUAUGCGCAUGACGCUCAAGCAACCGAGUAUGUCGACAUCGACGACGUUAUCGAAAGACUAUUGGAGAUCGGAAGUACCAGAUACUACCAGGCCAAGGAAUUUCCACUCAGCGCCUGGAAGGUCCAAGUGAUUUGCAGCAAAGCACGCGAAUUAUUUUUGGAACAGCCAUCUCUGUUACGUUUGCAAGCCCCCAUCAAGAUUGUUGGGGAUGUACAUGGUCAAUUUACAGACUUGAUGCGUAUUCUACGUCUUUCGGGUGUUCCGCCAAACACGAGCUACCUAUUCUUGGGUGACUACGUGGAUCGUGGUAAGCAAUCACUCGAGACCAUGCUGCUUUUGCUCUGCUACAAGAUCAAAUUUCCAGACAGAUUUUUCAUGCUGAGAGGCAAUCACGAAUCGGCCAACGUCACCAAAAUGUAUGGAUUUUACGACGAAUGCAAACGGCGAUUGUCUUCCAAAAGUUGGAAAGUCUUUGUUGACGUUUUCAACUCUUUGCCGCUUGCUGCAGUUGUUCAAGACAAGAUUUUUUGCGUCCAUGGUGGUAUUUCUCCACACUUGCGCGAACUUCGUCAAAUCGAACGCGUGGCUAGACCCACUGAUAUACCUGAAGAAGGUCUGAUAACAGACCUUCUGUGGAGUGACCCUGAUUCUCAAGUAUCCGACUGGUCUGUGAACGACCGUGGAGUGUCGGUCACUUUUGGGAAGCGCAACGUCCUUGAUUUUUGUUCCCGAUUUAAUUUCGACCUGGUUAUCCGUGGCCACAUGGUAGUUGAGGACGGUUACGAAUUUUUUGCACGCAAGAAACUUGUUACGGUAUUCUCUGCACCCAAUUACUGUGGUGAGUUUCAGAACUGGGGAGCUGUCAUGAGCGUAACUACGGGGCUCAUGUGCAGUUUUGAGCUAUUAAAACCACAUGGUGUCAAGAACAAGCUCAAGAGCUAG